CUGUGGAUGAAUGUAAUAUGUAAUGAAUUCUAAUUUUGUUAGGCUAUUUUUUUAUAUAUCAUAUAUGAAGCAAUAAUAAACAAUGUCCUUCUUAAAAUUCUUCUUCAUACGAAGACUUAUCAGAAGACAUUCUAGACCUAUUGUAGAAAAUAAAGCCGAGCUAUGGCAAAAAAGGUUAGCGAUAGGUUAUAUGGUAGUAGCAUGGAAUGCUUUAGGAUUUGUUGCUUAUCAAAUGUUACAAGGAAAAACAGAUUGGGCUGAAUUUCACGGGUUGAAAUCAAAAGCAGAAUUGAAAAUGACACAAGCUCAAAACUGUUCACAAGCGUUAGGCAUUAGGAAGGCAGAAGUUUUCAAAGUUUCAGGAUUGCAAAUUUCAAAAUAUGAAAUUGAUUCUGAAGAAACAGAAAAUAGUAAUUCUUGAAAUGCAUAUUACAGGAAAUAGUGAUAAUAAAAUUAAAGAAUUGUUUAAAUAGACAGAAGAAA